CAUUUCCCUAAUGACGGAUAGCCCCACAGCAAUCAUUUGGUUUCACGUGCGCAGUACCAGACCGUCCCGGUGGCUUCUCCGACAAGCCCCCACUCAUACACUCACAGGGCCAUGUAACAACACCUAAACACGAACACACGACACAUUCCAGACUGGAAAAAAAGUUUGUCUUUGUCUUUACUACAAGGUGAUGGUUGUGUGCACCCCUCACCAUCGUCACACAACACAGAAUUACAGACCGGGCACCAUCACGCCGGCCUCGAAAUGAUCUGGAAUUUUAUCUGUUUCUGCAGUUCACUUCUUUUUCUCUCCCUAACCACGGACGGCCAGAACUGCGAGGGGACGGACUUUCAGUGCAUCAAUGGGCUUUGUCUCCUGGAAAGCUGGGUGUGCGAUGGGGCGGAGGACUGCCCGGACGGUCAGGACGAGGCUCCAGAGCUUUGUAAAACAAAAACGGUAACACCGCAACCACAGAAUACGUGCAAUGGCGUUCACUUCCGGUGCGGGACAGGCGAAUGUAUCCCAAAGGAAUGGCAAUGUGAUAGUGACAGGGAUUGUCGUGACGGCUCGGACGAACAAUGCGAACACAAAAAAUUCCGGCGAAUAUGCUACUACACUAACUGGUCUCAGUACCGGCAGGGUAGAGCGCGGUUCACGCCUACAGACAUCGAUCCCAGCCUCUGUACCCACCUUAUCUACGCCUUCGCCAACCUAGAGGGCACCAGGAUCACCCCGUCCGAGCCCAACGACCUGGAGAUGUACCAGCUAUUUAAUGGCCUGAAGACUCGAAGUCCCGGGUUGAAGACGCUGCUAGCAGUGGGAGGAUGGAACGCCGAAAGUAAGGGCUUCUCCAAUAUGGUGGCCACGCCAAUGAGUCGCCGUGUGUUUGCCCUUUCUGCCAUUUCCUUUCUCAGGAAACACGGCUUCGAUGGUUUGGACAUCGACUGGGAAUACCCCACACUCCGGGGAGGGAAAUCUGAGGACAAACAAAGGUUUUCCCUGCUUCUACAGGAACUGCGAGACUCCUUCAAGAGAGAGUCGAAAUCAUCGGGUAAACCGUGUCUGCUGCUGUCCGCCGCCGUCUCUGCUAGUCCAACAGUCAUCGACGCCAGCUAUAACGUCACGGCUCUGGCGGAACACCUCAGUUUCAUCAACAUUAUGACGUACGACUUCCAUGGCGCGUGGGAGCGGACGACUGGACACAACAGCCCAUUGUUUCCACGGCGCGAGGAAAACGAUUAUCAACGGAAGAUGAAUACUGAUUGGGCGGUGAAAUACUGGAACGCCUCUGGAGCUCCCAGAGACAAGCUCAAUAUCGGUAUCUCUACGUACGGCCGAUCGUACAUACUGGCUGACCCCGCCUCACAAUACCAGCUGUCAGCAGCCGUGUCCAAACCCGGCCCCAAGGGCAUGUACACUCAGGAGGUCGGAUUCCAAUCGUACUAUGAGAUCUGCCUGCAACAAGAGCUCGGCAUCGGGAGGGUGUUCAGGGACCAUCAACAAGAAGUGCCCUAUUUUGUCGUUGGCAAGGUCUGGAUCGGAUACGAUGACGCGGAAAGCGUUGCAAACAAGGCACGCUAUAUAGCCCGCGAAGGGUUCGGAGGAGCAAUGGUGUGGUCGCUGUCACUCGAUGAUUUCAACAAUAUCUGUAAGGCCACCAUCAAGCGAUACCCGUUGACCAGCGCCAUAUCUCAAACUCUCAUCGACGCUCAACAGGGUCGCACCACAACCACCCCUCUGCCUACCAUUCCUGAGCAUAUACCAGACCCGGGCUUCUACCUGACAACAACUACCACCACUACUCAGGCGCCCCUCACCACGCCCCUUCCAGUGGUAACACUCGGGCCAAAGGUCACGUCCCGCCCUGCGGUGACGUUCCGCCCAGCCAUCACCCCGUCACCUGUUACAAAGGCGCCUGUCACACUCAACCCCGAACUCGUGUUUGGUCACAAAGAUGCAGCAUUAAAUAGGUUGCCGUAUCCCGCGGUCUACCUGAUCGGUCGUUACACGGGGUCAGCCGUAUCCCGCGGUCUACCCGAUCGGUCGUUACACGGGGUCAGCCGUAUCCCGCGGUCUACCCGAUCGGUCGUUACACGGGGUCAGCCGUAUCCCGCGGUCUACCUGAUCGGUCGUUACACGGGGUCAGCCGUAUCCCGCGGUCUACCCGAUCGGUCGUUACACGGGGUCAGCCGUAUCCCGCGGUCUACCCGAUCGGUCGUUACACGGGGUCAGCCGUAUCCCGCGGUCUACCCGAUCGGUCGUUACACGGGGUCAGCCGUAUCCCGCGGUCUACCCGAUCGGUCGUUACACGGGGUCAGCCGUAUCCCGCGGUCUACCCGAUCGGUCGUUACACGGGGUCAGCCGUAUCCCGCGGUCUACCCGAUCGGUCGUUACACGGGGUCAGCCGUAUCCCGCGGUCUACCCGAUCGGUCGUUACACGGGGUCAGCCGUAUCCCGCGGUCUACCCGAUCGGUCGUUACACGGGGUCAGCCGUAUCCCGCGGUCUACCCGAUCGGUCGUUACACGGGGUCAGCCGUAUCCCGCGGUCUACCCGAUCGGUCGUUACACGGGGUCAGCCGUAUCCCGCGGUCUACCCGAUCGGUCGUUACACGGGGUCAGCCGUAUCCCGCGGUCUACCCGAUCGGUAGUUACACGGGGUCAGCCGUAUCCCGCGGUCUACCCGAUCGGUCGUUACACGGGGUCAGCCGUAUCCCGCGGUCUACCUGA